AUGCCGCCGCCAUCAGACAUCGUCAAAGUGGCCAUCGAGUGGCCGGGAGCCUUCCCCAGACUCAUGGAUUUAGACCAGAAAAAGCCACUGUCUGCAAUUAUUAAAGAAGUAUGUGAGGGGUGGUCUUUGGGGAACCAUGAAAACUUUGCCUUGCAAAUUGCGGACUCCACAAAUUCCUACAUUACAGAAAAGAAUCGUAAUGACAUAAAAAAUGGCUCUAUUCUGCGUUUGACCACAUCCCCAUCCCAGACAGCAGCUCAGCUACAUGAGCGCAUACAGUCCUCCAGUAUGGAUGCCAAGCUGGAGGCUCUCAAAGACCUGGCCAACGCGUCCAGGGACAUCACCUUUGCACAAGAGUUCAUUAACCUGGACGGCAUCUCGCUGCUCACUCAGAUGGUGGAGAGCGGCACUGAGCGUUAUCAGAAACUACAGAAGAUUAUGAAGCCAUGUUUUGGAGACCUGCUAUCCUUCACGCUGACGGCCUUUGUGGAGCUCAUGGACCAUGGCAUCGUCUCUUGGGACACUUUCUCUGUGGCCUUCAUCAAGAAGAUAGCCAGUUAUGUGAACAAGUCUGCCAUGGACACGGCAGUGCUCCAGCGCUCUUUGGCCAUUCUGGAGUCUAUGGUGCUCAACAGUCAAGACCUUUACCACAAGGUGGCACAAGAGAUCACUAUUGGUCAACUCAUCCCACACCUGCAGGGGACAGACCAAGAUAUCCAAACAUAUACUAUAGCUGUCAUCAAUGCUCUUUUCCUCAAAGCCCCAGAGGAGAAGAGACAGUUUGAUGAUGAGCACAUUGUGGACAUCCUAAAUUGUCCCCUCACAGAGAUGUCCCAUAUUCUUGCCCAGAAACAACUACGCUCCAUUAUUCUCACUAGUGUAAUCCGCAGCCCCACGCCCAUUAAUGACGAGAUGGCCCAUCAGCUCUAUGUGCUGCAAGUGCUGACCUUUAACCUCUUGGAAGACCGCAUGAUGACCAAGAUGGACCCUCAAGACCAGGCUCAAAGGGAUAUCAUAUUUGAGUUGAGGAGAAUUGCCUUCGAUGUGGAGUGUGAACCCAACAAUGGCGGCAGCGUGGAGAAGCGCAAGUCCAUGUAUACUCGUGAUUACAAGAAGCUGGGAUUUAUAAACCAUGUGAAUCCAGCGGUGGACUUCACCCAGAUCCCUCCCGGCAUGUUGGCUCUGGAUAACAUGCUGUACUUCGCCAGGCACCACCAGGACGCCUACAUUAGAAUUGUUUUGGAGAAUAGCAGUCGAGAAGACAAACAUGAAUGUCCAUUUGGCCGCAGCAGCAUUGAACUUACCAAGAUGCUGUGUGAAAUUCUCAAAGUGGGAGAGCUCCCAAGUGAGAAUUGCCAUGACUUCCACCCAAUGUUCUUCACCCACGACCGCUCCAUCGAAGAGUUUUUCUGCAUCUGCAUCCAGCUGCUCAACAAGACCUGGAAGGAGAUGAGAGCCACCAGCGAAGACUUCAACAAGGUAAUGCAGGUGGUGAGGGAGCAGAUCAUGCGAGCUCUCACCGUCAAGCCUAAUUCUCUGGACCAGUUCAAGAGUCGCCUCCAAAAUUUGAGCUACACAGAAAUCCUCAAGAUUCGCCAGUCUGAAAGGAUGAACCAGGAAGACUUCCAGUCCCGGCCCAUUCUGGAGCUGAAGGAGAAGAUCCAGCCGGAGAUCAUGGAGCUGAUCAAGCAGCAGAGACUGAACCGUCUGUGUGAAGGCACCUGCUUCAGGAAGAUCAGCAGCCGCAGGAGGCAAGAUAAGUUUUGGUACUGCCGUCUGUCUCCCAAUCAUAAAGUCCUGCACUACGGUGAUCUGGAGGAGAGCCCCCAGGGAGAAGUGCCCCACGACUCUCUUCAGGACAAAUUGCCUGUUGCAGAUAUAAAGGCUGUGAUCACAGGCAAAGACUGUCCUCACAUGAAGGAGAAAGGAGCCCUGAAACAAAACAAGGAAGUGCUGGAGCUGGCCUUCUCUGUCCUCUACGAGUCCGACGAGUAUUUAAACUUUAUCGCCCCGGACAAACACGAAUACUGUGUGUGGACAGACGGUCUGAACGCCCUCCUCGGUAAAGAGAUGGCCAGUGACUACACCAAAUCAGACAUGGAAACUCUGCUGACGAUGGAGAUGAAGCUCCGCCUACUGGACCUCGAAAAUAUCCAGAUCCCUGAAGCUCCGCCCCCCAUUCCCAAAGAACCAAGCAAUUAUGACUUUGUUUAUGACUGCAACUAG